CAUUCUGUAUUUUAUUCGUGAUAAGCGGAUUUCAUUAUUUUUUGUGAGCAUUACUAUGCUCAGAUCAAUUCUGGUGUAGAACACAUGCGUAUGGGCUGUGCUGGUUGUGGAAAAGAUGCAAAAGCAGGAGGAAAUUAUCAGCCGCUUAAAGCAAAUUUUUGAUCUUUAUUUGCGCGAGAACUUCUCAACCACUAACUGUGUUUACUUUGAGAAGCUUAUCUCGCACCUACAGGCAAAGGAAAAUGGAUUCGUGCUGCAGGCGCCUUUUGCUAUUGAAUGGGUGGACAAAUGCGUCAGUUUGGUUAGCGAGGACUUCAGUAAAGUCCAUCCCAAGGUGAUAUCUUUUAUGUUAAAUCUCUGCAGUUUCUUGGCAUCUGACGAAUGGAUGAUCGUCAGGCUGCGUGAGUUAAGAAUAAUGCAUAGGGUAGUGCAUAUCCUAAAGAGCGAGCAUAACUUCAGUCCAUCAAUAAAACUUGGGGGAAUACGCGUAAUGAAAUCUGUGAGCACAUAUAGCAUGGGCCUGGCAUUCCUUAGAAUGGAUCGUGCCUGGACAUUGCUCAUACAAUACUCAAAUAAUGAUCACACUUUAUAUGUGGUGCGGGAGGCACGGCAGCUGCUCUUUGAUAUGCUCUUCAAGUUCUGCGAUAAGCUAAACGAUGAGGUCGUUACUUUAGAAAUUCUAGCCGAAGUAUUGCGUCCCAUUCACGAGAAUUUAUAUCAGGUGACAGAUGAAAGGAUACACGUGCAUGUGGAUGACUCGGAGCUCCUGCACAAAAUAUCUUCAACACUGGAUCUGCUUACAUAUAUAUUACAGCAGACGAUGUUGUCCGAAGAACGCACGAAUCUUAUACAAUUGCUCAAGGUCCACCAUGAUCUAGAGAUAACAAUUUGGAAGCUAAUGCAUAUGACGCAUAAUGCCUAUUUCAUCGAAAAGAUAUUGACAACGUUAAGUAGUUAUUAUUUUGCUUAUCUGGUGCAUGAGAAACUCCUAAAUCCUAUGUCCACGGAGGCGCCCGAACAGUUUACAGAAUUCGGUCUGUCUUUCUUCAAUCUGAUGAAAUUCUGCAUUGAGCGUAACGACGGUAUGAAUUUUGUUAAAAUGGCCGAAUUGAAUCACAUGCUAUGGAAAAAAUUGGGCACACGUGCCCCUAAAGAAAUCAUAAUUGAGAAUGAACGUGUGGCCUUUGAAAAUCAACUGAUUUUAUUCCAUAUGUUGCCGUUGCUUUUCUCCAUGAAAAAUGCCAGGAAAAUGGCAGAUGAGUCCAAGGGCGAGCUUUUCGACACAUAUAUCAUGAAACUGUUGGAGAUCUCCUGUGAGCAGACCCUGCGCCUGUGCUACAGCCUGAGGGACGCACUUUUUACGCCCGAUGGCGUAACCCCUGGCCUAUUCACACCCGAACUGGCCCACAAGUGCAUUCACAGUAUACUUUCGUUGGAGCACAUUUUGGAUCGCGAGCAGGCUGUUAUUGGGUGUCAAGCCUUACUAUAUGUGUUAAAAGAGGUUGUGGCUUUGGGCGAGAGUAUCAAUCCCAAGGACGCAGACGACUGUUUUAACUGCAGUAGCAGCAGCAAUGAUUCGAACAACUAUUUCAACAUCUAUCCGCGUGGAACAGAGCUAGUUGUCAAGGACCCAAAGGUCUUGCAUUCUGUAAUGGUUGGCCUGCAGACACUGAUUGAACGUUUCAAAAUCACUUGGAAGGAGUCUGUUGAGACCAUUGGGUUGGUUAAUUGUCUAGCCUUCUUGUUGGAGAAUUGCAAUAUGGAUGCGAGAUGUACCGUGCAAGCCCUUAAGUUGGUUAAAUUGGCCGUAGAGCACUUUCUUUCGCCAAACAUGGCACUUUUAGUUGAUAAUCUACAGGGAUCAGCUUUAGUUUGCCUGGGACCCAUUAUAAUAAAGCGUAUGCAUGAUACAACCUGGGAGGUACGUGAUACUACUCUGGAACUUACCACAUCGAUAGCCUGCAUCUCUCGCAUCAAAUUUCCUGCGUUUCAGCGUUUUCUAGUCGACGCCAAAAUACCUCCGAUUGUUUAUGAAAUGGCCAAACACGAUGCUGAGCCUUAUGUGCGGGCUUCAGCUUUUAAGUGCCUGACCAAAAUGGUCCCGAUAAAUUCACUGUGGGAAAAUGGACUAAGCCAAUUAGAUUUAGUGGAUCAUCUUCUUUUUGUGCUUUAUCGUGAGAACGAGGACAUUGUGCGUUCCGAGGCCAUAAUAACGCUUUCGCAAAUCUAUGAUCAUCGCAAAAUACCCCAUAAGUAUAAAAACACGCUCUUCUCAACCCUUAACUAUUGCGUUGUCGGCGAUCAUCAUUGGGAGGUGAAAAUCAAUGCAUUGCAUUUCUGGACAAUGGAAUUUCAGCGUCAAUUAAAAAAUCAAGGCAUGAUCGAUGGCGUUUUUCCAACGGUUACCUUUUCGAAGGAGCACAAAAAGAUUGUUACGUUGACAGAUCGGGAGAUAAAGCUGAGAAUUGCAAAAGUGUUUACCGAAGUGCAACAAUACGGCUACUUUGGAGUUGUGCUCAAGUGUCUGCACGAGGAGUACUCAAUGGAAGUGCUGAAGCUUGUAGUGGGUGGCAUAAAUCAAAUGAAUGAAAAGUUAAAACAACACGAUAUUGACAUUAUUUUGGCCGAUAUUGACAACUUGACGCCACCAUCCGGCGAUAAUAUGGAUUACAACUUUAGUUUCGACAGUCCAGCUCAAACUCCAACUGAUACAACCGAAUCUACCAUGAACCCCAAUCACGCGGAUGAGGUUAUCGAGUCCAUACUAAAUGUUCAGGAUGUGCAUUUGCUGGAGAAGGCGUUUGAGUCGCAAAUGCAAAUAAAUAGUCAUGAUGCAACGGUAGCUCGACAUAUCAACGAGUAUUACUAUAAGCAGUUUGCCAUUCCAGUGCGUUACUACAUGGAGGAAAUUAAGAAAUUAGAUUUGGAUAAUAUGGUGAAGCAACAGCAGGAGUGGAUUGAUUGUAAAGAGAACUUUGCGUCCCUGCUGGAUGACAUACUAUAUGCGAUAAAACGUGAUGAUGAUAUGGUAUCUGAUUGUUAUUGAUUCAAGGCCUAGUUAAAAUUAAACUGUUUAUGUAAGCUAGUUAUGUUUUUAUGAAAUAAAAACUUUUCUACACAAAAUUUAA